CUGGUGGACGAAACUGAAAGGCUGGAGCUGAUCCAGUCUACUUUGGAUCGCCUGGUAGCCGAGUUCGAGAAGGAGCGCAAGGAAUGGCGGGCGCUCCGACAGGAGCAAGGCGAACAGCGGCGGGAACAGGAGGAGGAGUCCCGGCGGGUUUGGAAGCGGUUUGAUGAGGUGCAGAGGGUCGUGGAGGCGCUGGCCGCCGCGCAAGCCACUGGGCCGAAGGGUGGUGGCGGCGGCGAUGGGAGCGAAAGCCGGAGCGGGCUGGGAGGCUCGACGGCGGAUGGAGGCGCGGCGGCGGGUGGCGCGGCAGCGGGGGCGAUGGUGGUGGCGGAGGCGCCGCCCCCAACGGCGGCUGUCGAGGUGAAACAAUACUUGAAUUACACAGAAAAAGGGAGAAAGAACCCAUUAGAAAUUGCAAUGGUUUCUUCUUCCCCAUUCGAUUUGGCGAAGAAGACGAAGAAUGUCCGAACCCACGCGAGGAACAACAACUCCAGCAGAACGCCGCGCUGUUUGAAGAAAAUGGAGAGGAUCAGGCACUCGUCCGACCCCGACAUCGAAUCCACGACCGAGGAAUUGCCAGCGCCAUCCAUCGCGAAGAUCAGGGCACCACCGCCGGCGGCGGCGAGCCACUCGCACGGAGUGGUGUCGGUGAUAGGCCGGAAGAGGACGAUGGCCGACGCGGUGAAGCUGGUGCCGCGGCUGGAGAUCGGCGGGCUCGAGAGUCAAUUCGACUUCUUCGCCGUCUACAGCGGCCGCGAGGCCGCCCUGUGCCGGAGCAGGAUGCAUCUCAUGGUGGCGAUGGAGGCGGAGAAGAUGAAUUGUAGUCGCGCAGCAGGGGAAUCGUGCAGGGGAUGGGAUUACUGGAACAGAGUGAUGCAGAGCAGCUUCGAGGGGAUCGAGGACGAGACUCGCGAUGCAGCGGCGGAAGGAGGGAAAUCCGGGCGGUGGACGGCGGCCGUGGUGAUGGUGGGGAAGGAAGAGCUAGUGGUGGCUAGCAACAGCACGUCCGCCGGAGACUGCAGAGCCGUUCUGUAUCGCGGCGGAAUCGCCCUGCCUCUGUCCCGCGAUGAUGAUCAUGACAAAGUAAAGUCCUACGAUCUCUCAACCUUGUCAAAAUGCAAAAGAACAGGAAAUAGGCAGGUUGGGUUCGGAUGCCCGCACCCGCAUAUCAAAUUCAAUCCAAUUAUGAAACGAAUUAGGUCUCUCUCCAUUGCGACUACAUCUAGGCUUAGACGUCAUUUGCACAAACCGGUGCAGGAUACAGAGCGAAUGCAGGGGAAGGGCAUAGGCUGGAACCUCAACCGCAACGUCGUUGGAGUUAUUGGAGAUUGUGAUCAUGAUCGUCAUCAUCGUGUGAAGCCGGAGGUGACGGUUAGGGAGCGGGGCGAGUCGGAGGAGGAGGGGGAAUUCGUGGUGAUAGGGUCGAAAGGGUUGUGGGAUGUGGUGUCUAGUGAGCUAGCCUGUGAUAUCGUCGCGAAAUGCUUCAACGGCAGAAUGAGGAUGAGAUUUGCCGACGACACGACGGAGAACUGUGCGCCGGCCGCGGCGGCGUUUCUGGCUGAACUGGCGAUGGCUCGAGGGAGCCGGGAUAAUGUCAGUGUUAUCGUUGUGAAGCUGUAGAUAUAUAGAAUCCAUAGAUAGGGAAGGUAGGGAGUGGGGGAAAAAAAUAAAGGGCCUAAAAGUAGGUGGAAUAAAGUUUAGGUACCAAUGUGGUGAUAGUUUAAAGUUUUUCUUGGUACACUAUUUUAUUUUUAUUACGUUCGAGUACGUAGAAAAGUGGAAAUUGGACGGAGAUGGAUGUAUAGAAGGGAGGUUUCAUUUCGUAGUUUGUUUCCAUUGUGUGAUCUAUGCUGAUAAUGUUGUGUGAUCUUACAAGUUUCUAUACAAGAAUUUUGUUGAUUGUUGAAAACAAAUCUCGGUAACACUUAUGAAUGUAGACUCUGUUUCCUUCCAACGAAAAUACAAAAUAAUUUAGUCUUAUUGCAGAUUCGAAAAAAUAAUUAAGACUUAAUGUGAUGGUGCACAGAUUAAUAAUUACAAGGAAACUACCGAAAAGGAACAUAAACACACCGAGUUACAACAAUCAGAGAACGUUGUAGAGUUCAGCCAAACGGCUAGCUAAAUCCUUCUUGUCCCUCUGUUGUGGCAUGUUUCACUUGCGGUUGAUGUUCUUGUACAUUUCGUCGAUAACAUUCUG